AUGGAGAAGCCAGAGGUGGAGCACCUUUCCAAUGACGAGAAGUCAGACGGCUCUCGCGUGGUUGACAAGUUCCCGCCAGAGGCUCGAGCUGAAGCUGGAGUUCUUCUCCAGGUUGAGCGUGCCGAAGGGACCUCUCUGCGUCUUGCUGAAGAUGGACAUACCGUGCUUUUGCCCCAGCCGACAGACGAUCCCAAUGACCCCUUGAACUGGUCAUCGCGAAAGAAGCACCUCAUUCUCCUGGUUGUGGCCUGGGCUGCUCUCACUUCAGAUUUUACAUCUGCUGCUGGUAGCGCCCCGGUCAUUCUUCAGGCCGCCGAAUGGCACAAGUCUCCAAACUCGGUCAAUCAUAAUAACAGCAUCAACGUCCUUAUGAUGGCCAUUGGUGGCUUGAUCUGGGUUCCCAUGACUUCCAUCAUUGGACGAGCACCGACCUUGUUUUGGUCCACCUUCCUCGGUCUUAUCUUCUCGAUCCUUUCAUCCGUUUCCACCGAUUUUGAGAUGUUCAUGGGCGUCCGAGCCAUUCAGGGCCUCUUCCUUACAUCUGGUCAGACGAUCGCGAUCGCCUUCAUCAAAGAUAUCUUCUUCUUCCACGAACGAGCGCGAAAGAUCGGCCUUUGGGCUCUCAUGUAUAUCACAUCUCCAUACUGGGGUCCACUGCUCGCCAACUUUGUCAUUGGAGAGACCCAUCAAUGGCAGGAUGCCUUUUGGCUUGGAGUCGGGGUCAAUGGCAUGAGCUUGCUUCUUAUCUUGACUUUUCUGGAUGAAACUUGGUACAAUCGUGAUUUGCCUUCAUCUGCUCAACCAUCUCGAGGCCAAGGUUUCUUCUCUCGACUGCUUCGGCUUACUGGUCUAUGGCAGAUGAAGUAUCAUUCUGGAUACUUCGAGUCUGUUUAUGAUGCCUACAAGAGAGUCCUCCUGAUCCUGUCGAAGCCUGUCAUUCUCCUCGUCCUCGCUGCUUACUUCAUGUGCUUUGCAUGGUCGAUCGGUAUUAAUAUUUCGACCGCCAUCCUCUUUGGUCUUCCUCAGGAGAUGGGAGGCUAUGGCUACAGCUUUACUCAACUGGGAUACCUACACUUUGCUCCAAUCGUCGGCGUUUUCCUGGGCGAGAUCUUUGGUCACUUCUUCAACGACCACCUCACUCGGCGCUAUGUCCGAAAGCACAACGGUGUCUUUGAGCCCGAGGCUCGUCUCAUGACCAUCUACAUCUCGGCUGUCCCCAUGAUCGCCGGCCUCGUCUUGAUGGGACAAGCCCUGCAUAAGCAUCUUUCAGUUGCAGCAAUCGUCGUAGGAUGGGGCAUGCAUGCUUUUGGAAUCAUGCUCACGUCUGUCGCCGUGGCUUCAUACCUCUUGGAUGCGUACCCGUCUGCCCCUGCAGAAGUUUGUGGUUUGACCAACGUGUUCCGAGCUUUGAGUGGUUUCAGUGUCGGAUAUUACCAGCAGCCGUGGGGAGCCAAGGUUGGUUACGAUGUAAGCUUUGGGACUCAAGCUUGCAUUGUAGCGGCGAGUAUGAUUCUGAUCGCGAUUGUUCAUCGCUUUGGCCAUCAGCUCCGUUUGAAGUUUGGCCAGGUUAGGUGA